AUGGAUAACAAGGGUACGACGUUCGAUGAACGGGGAACGUCCGAUGAAGUAGGAAUGCCCAUUGAAGAUGUUCUUCAAGAGUCGAAAAUGCCAGCUGUCCUAAGUAUUCACGAUCGACAAGACUCUGUUCAGAUUGAAAUUCGAGAUCCUCGUAAAGAUUCGACAGUAGAUUUAUUUGCAAAUAUCGAUAAAUCAACGUUAGACAAUGACGUGCAUAUCAUACCGCUGAAUGACCUCUACAGUCGUUUUCAUACGGAUCCCACACAAGGUUUGACCAACGAACACGCCGAACAAGCUCAGAUGGAGUAUGGUUUGAAUAAGAUCACACCACCACCUCAGCGUUCUUAUAUUAUGUUAUUUAUAUUGCAAGCAUUUGCUGGCUUCAAUUUGAUUCUAUGGAUAGCUGGUGUAUUUGCAUUUUUAGCUUGGAAACCGUUUGGUGAACCAAAUCCAUCAAUUACCAAUUUAGCAUUAGGCGUUGUUCUAUUUCUCAUUAUAUUAAUCAAUUCUAUAUUGAACGUUUAUCAAGAAAUCAAAUCCAUUAAAAUCGUAGCAUCAUUUUCGAAAUUAUUACCUACAUUAACAACAGUCCGACGAAAUGGUACAGAACAACAAAUUGUUGCAGAUCAAUUAGUACCAGGUGAUAUUAUUUUGAUAAGAAUUGGUGAUAAAAUACCAGCUGAUUGUCGUAUAUUGUCAUGUGACAGUUUGAAAGUAAAUAAUUCUGAUCUCACGGGUGAAUCCAAACCGGUCAAUUGUACAGUGAAAUGCACAAGUUUAAAUUUUAUGGAAUCUACAAAUAUUAUUUAUUAUUCGUCGAUGAUCGUUCAAGGUACUGGCGAAGCGUGUGUAAUAGCAACCGGUGACAAAACAGUUCUAGGAAAAAUGAAUGAACUAACAAGAGGCAGUGGACACGAUGAAGUUACUGGACUCCACCGAGAAGUGAAUCGUUUUGUACUAUUUGUUUGUGUGGCUACGGUCAUUGCUAUUAUUGUAUUGUGGAUUACUUGGGCCGCGUGGCUGAAUAAAGAUCAAAAAGGUUUUAUCACUGCUGGAGAAAAUGUUGUUAACAGUAUUGGCAUGAUCGUCGGCUUCUUACCGAUGGGAUUGCCGUCCGCUGUUACGCUUGUUUUGACAAUCGUGGCUAAACGUAUGUAUAAACAACGUAUUUUGGUCAAAAGUUUACAAAUCGUUGAAACGUUUAAUGCCGUAUCGAUGAUAGCUACCGAUAAAACUGGAACGUUAACUCAAAAUAAAAUGACUGUUACAGAAAUACUCUGGGAUACCAAGAGUGUCUACAAAGUUCCCGUACCAGAAUAUACACCAGCCGUAGAGGAAACAUUUGUUGACGCUGUACGACGUUUAUCUGCUGGUGCUUUAAAUACAGCUAGGCGUUUGUCAAUUGGUGCUGCUGGUAUGGUGAAACGUUUCUCCAGUGGAAAUUUAAAUCAACCACAAGUAAUGGAAGAAGUCGAUAUUGAACCACAACUUCCGACAAUAGCCAGUGACAUCAAUAUUCAGGCAUUUCGGGAUUUACUAAUGGGUGCUGUCCUGUGUAACAAUGCUGAAAAACAAAUAGUUCAAGAACAAAAACUAGGUCGGAGAAAAGAUUCAGUUGUACAAUCAGAACUAAAGUUGGUUGGUGAUGCAGCUGAUAGUGCUCUUUAUAAUUUAUGUGCUGAUCGAUGCUCAGUUGAUGUUCAAAGAGUACGCGAAGUAAAUCCUCGAUUGAAAAUAUUACCAUUUAAUUCAGCUAAUAAAUUUAUGAUUACGGGAAAUCAGCUGGAAUCUUCUCAACAACCUCCGCCAGAAGAAAGCGAACGUAUAGUAUUAAUUACACUCAAAGGUGCCCCCGAUAUGGUUUUGGAUAGAUGUUCGACAUAUAAGACAAAUGACGAUCAUGUAUUAGAAUUGUCACAACAAGUUCGACAAACAUUAGUACAACGACAAGAAGACUUAGGUAAAAAUGGUUAUCGUGUGAUUGCUAUGUGUCAGCAAAGAAUGACGAGAAAGCACUAUGAUCGUAUGAUGUCACGAUAUAAACAACAACAGCAGGCACAGCAAGCUGAUAAUUCACCAAGUUCUCAAGAAGAUUUGAGUGGUUUUCCACCUGGAGAUUAUUGUUUCAUUGGCCUCUUCUCAUUGUUGGAUCCUCCUCGUCCAGAAGUACCAGAUGCUGUGUUGAAAGCUCGUCGAGCACAAAUACGAGUGGCCAUGGUUACUGGUGAUCAUCCAACAACGGCUCAGGCUAUUGCCAAGCAAGUUCAUAUCCUCACACCAGAAAUAGCAGACAUCAACGGUAUUGAGACGUUCAAAUUAAGUGCAAAAGAGGGAAAGGCUAUUUUGAAUAUAUAUCGAAAUGGUCAACUGACAGGAACACAUGAGCCAGGCAAAGUAUCGCAAUUCGAGACGAAUUCAAAAAAUUUAAAAAACGUGAGCAACCAAGCUGAAGUCAAAUCCAAACCCAGCUGCCCAAAUCGAUUUUGGAACAGUUGUAAAUCACAAUUUUCUGAACCACAAGCAACUGUGAAUCGUGAAAAACAAGAAUUAAUUCCGUACGCCAUUGUUGUGGCAGGUAGUGAAAUUCAGUUAAUGGACGAUUUCAUGUGGGAUUGGGUACUGUCACAUCAAGAGCUUGUAUUUGCUCGAACAUCACCGGAACAAAAAUUAAAAAUUGUUAUGGAACUUCAACGGCGUGGUGAAGUUGUUGCGGUCACAGGAGAUGGUACUAAUGAUGCACCCGCUUUGAAACGCGCUGAUCUCGGUGUGGCAAUGCAAUCUGGCACAGACGUAUCAAAGGAAGCGGGUGAUAUGAUUUUGUUAGAUAAUAAUUUUGCUUCAAUUAUCAAAGCGAUUGAAACGGGAAGAUUAUUGAGUGAUAAUUUGAAAAAGGUGGCUGUCUAUUUACUUCCAGGCGGUUAG